GCGCCUGCUCAUUUCGUGUCGCGCGCAUCAUCCCGGCGUCGCGCCUCCUGUGACUUUAAGGGCGAUUUUCAUGUUAACGUAUAUAAAUAAAUAACACAUUCUUCCGGUGCCCUAUAACAAACAGCAAACACAGUGUGUCAAAGGACAAGGCCAGGAGGGGAUCUACGCCCAAAAAACACAGAUUAUCUCCCAGCAUCAUGGUGAAGAUCAGCUUUCAACCCAUCACGGGACAAAAAGCCGAGAAAGAUGAUAGUGAUGGAGACAAGACGCAAAUAUUCAUCCAGCAUCCCCCAAACUUACCGCACGUCGAAGAGGAACUGGUCCUGCCUGUGGGACGGAAACGCUCAUCUCUGAGUGGACUCUGCUGUCUGACAACAGCACUCAUUGUCUUUACCUGCAGUCUGAUAUAUGCUUCCAUAUAUAUCUACCGAUAUUACAUCAUUCCUCAGGUUCCGGAUCAAAGUCGCUUCCACUGCCGUGUGGUGUAUGAGGACUCUGUGUCUGCUCCGCUGCGAGGCUCUCAGGAGAUGGAGGAGAGCGUGGGGAUUUACUUAAAAGAAAAUUAUGAGCAAAUCAGUGUGCCUGUGCCCGACUUCAGCAACACAGACCCUGCUGAUAUCAUUCAUGAUUUCCACAAGGGUUUGACGGCCUACCAUGACAUCGCUUUAAAUAAGUGUUAUGUCACUGAGCUCAACACCACUGUGGUUAUGCCACCACGUAACCUCUGGGAACUGCUUAUAAACGUCAAGAAGGGGACUUAUUUGCCACAGACGUACAUUGUCCAAGAAGAGAUGGUUGUGACUGGUCGUGUUAAUAACAUGCACCAGCUCGGACGUUUUAUCUAUCGUUUGUGCAACGGUAAAGACACGUACAGGCUCCGCCGUCGCACCUCACGCCGUCGUAUCUCCAAGCGUGAUGCACAGAACUGUCACCGUAUACGCCACUUCGAGAACACGUUUGUGGUGGAGACGGUGAUUUGUGACAACCCAUAGGCUGCCUGACCCUUUGCCCCUCCCAUUCCUGAUGAGAUCACAUUGUUGGUCUGAGUAGCCACUCCCCUUUGACACUCUUGUCUUUAAAUCACAGUUAUUCUCUCUUUCUUUUUUAUGUCUCUAUAUGUAAUCUGUAAUUUCACAAGUGUUCUCUAACGUUGUCUAUCGCCGCUAUUUUUGCAUAUUUGCAAAAAUAAUCACAUUCAAAUAACGCUUUCUACACAGUACACUUAUCACAGUAGCAUCGUGAAGUCUUAAAGUUUAAGCGUGUCGUUUUUGCAUCACUAGCGGACAAGGUCAAAAUAGUGUUUGUUUCCAAACCAUUGGAUGAGAAAAAAGAUAGUAUACCGCCCCCAAACUCGCAAUAUUUUUGGGGCUGAUGUAAACAAAUGUAAUUUAGUGUCACUAGUGGUACAGAAAGGACACACUUUAUCUUUAAAAUCAUAAUGAAUAAACGUGCAUUGAGCUCGGAGUGUGUGUGUGUGUGUGUGUGUGUGUGUGUGUGUGUGUGUGUGUGUGUGUGUGUGUGUGUGUGUGUGUGUGUGUGUGUGUGUUUGUUUGUUUACACGCAUGCCUGCAUGCUCAUAUCUGGGUAUUACUAGCUGCAAUUUCCCCUUUACUACACUCUUAAAAUGAACAUGUUGAAAUAACACAUCUUGUGUCUAGUUAACACAUCUAAUGACACAUAAUGUGUUAAAUUGCAUAACACAAAACAAUGUGUUAAAAUUAACACAUCCUUUCUUAGAGUGUGUCAUAUAUAUGUUUGUGCAAUGUUGGUUCUCACGGAUGCACCGACAUUUCGGCCGUGUUCCUUUAGCACAGUGCUUCUCAAUUAUUUUCUGUCACGCCCCCCCCCUAGGAAGAAGUAAACAUUUCGCGCCCCCCCAACUCUCUGCCGCGACUGUAAAUAGUAUAAUUUGUCUAUUAAAUUACACAUCUGCAAAACAUUAUAUCCUUAUUAACAACAAAGAAUAACUUUAUUAACAUUGUUUUUUAGUCUGUAACAGAAAAGAUUUAAAAUGCAUCAAUUUGCCUGAAAUAAAAUAAAUCAAUCCUUCUUUACAUUAUAUUUUUUGACCAUUUAAUACUGAAAAAUUUAAUUAAAUAUAAUCAAUAAAUAAUAAUAAAAACGCAAGCGGCUUAUCAGCGUGUUUGGGGUGUAAUGUCUUUAAGUGACGGUGCAAAAAAAAUCACUUCCUGAAAAGUUAUUUUACCCGGGGUCUCGCGCGCCCCCCCUGGUGUCGCUUCGAGCCACCCCUGGGGGUCCCGCCCCACUAUUUGAGAAGCACUGCUUUAGCACAACUGGUAAAGCGUAGCUGUAGCAACGGGGUCAUAUUUUUGAUUUCCAGUGUAUGCAUGAACAGAUAAAAUGCACAAUAUAAUUUUUUCUUAGUUGAUAAAAUUGUAAGGCAAAUGCAUACAAUUUCAAAGAGAAGCCAGAAAAACUUUAUUUGACAUAAAGAAAAGACGGAAGUUUGUAUGUUAAAGGUUCAUUUCAAUCGAAUGCAUUUUAUGUGAGAAGGCAGGGAAGUUUUUUAAAAAGAACUUCCUUUAGCGGUGUGAAAUAUGUCUGCACAUCAUUGUAGGGCGUGUUAACAAGUGUCAGCAGCUUUCGGGAUUUGUCAGUGUUGCAUUGCAAAACUUGCAUAAUUGUACUGUUUUACGCAGCGUUCAAAUAUGUCAAAGAUUAUGGGAGGUCAACCUAGCUAAGCCUCACCUCACCGGUCAUUAUAAGGUUGCCGUGAUUGCACAAAAUAUGUUAUCCUGGAACAUUUUAUUAUCAAAGAAACCCCAAAUUUCCCCAAAAAGAAAUCUUUUGGAUUAGUUUAUUGUGAAAUUGGAUCAAAUAUUGAACUGUAUCGCUUUGUGGCACUAGAAUUUUAAAUACAUUUAAUAUUUAAUUUGAAUAAAAACCAGGGGGCCCCUAAUUUAUAUUUUUGUGCUUUAUAGGGGGUCCCUCCAUGCUUAUAGGAGGUCUGGGACCACACACUCCCCCCUCAAUUCGAACACUAGUUUUACGCCUAUACAGUCUACUUUAAAAACAUAUUAAUAAAUACCUAGAGCCCAAGCGUGCCGCACAAGCCCUGAAAAGGUGAAGUCAAAAUGUCUCGAUCGCCCCCCAGUGACUGGUCCCAGAAUAGGUCAUAAACCCCGCCUCCCAUGUUAUUCAAUGGGACUUGAGACCAACUAAACAAUUUAAUUACACUUCAAUUAUCUUUUUUCCGAAGCUGGUUUCUGUCAUUUAGUAUAGUUUUUAUCACGCUGAUGUAAAUUCAAAUGUUUGUUUUUAAAAUAAGUUUGAUUUUAGUUACACUGAAAAAAAUGAUUCAUUGAAUUUAAUAAUUUUUUUUAAGGUAAGUGGUUGCAAUCAAUUUAUUUAAGCUACAUUUAAACAAAAAAGAUUAGUAACGUAAAAUAAAAUAUAAAACUUUUAAAUAAAUUGAUUGCAACCACUUUUUUUUCAGUGUAGUUAUUUAAUGAUAUAAAAACGGUGGUGUCACGUCAUGAUUGACAGCUGUGAUAUCGUGUGAUAUGCGCAUUCUGCGAGGGCGGGGUCUUGAUUUCGCGGCUUUACUUCCUGCUCACUACUGCGCAGGACUGGUCCCGAAAUCGCUACUGCGCAGACUCAAGACCCAAGAUGUCAGCGCCGUAUCGGGACACUGGCGGCUUCACUUUUCACCAAUGGAAGCGGCGUCCAUCUUUUUUACAGUCUAUGCUAGAGCCUAGGUGUGAUUUACUGAAGUUAUUAUAUGUACCAUUAAAGGGACACUUCACUUUUUUUGAAAAAAAUAUAUUGAUAUUACGCAGCAGCCGAAAAUAGUCCCCUUGGUAACUUUCAAUAGCUGGGGACUAUUUUCGGGCAGUGCGUAAUAUCAUUGCGCCUGAUGCAGCCAUGUUACGGCAGCAAAAUCCUUGAUUAUUUCGCCAGAAUGAGAGUAUAGUUCCUAGCCAUAUCUGCCUAGAAAAUAACAACUUUUAAUUUUCCGUCGGUCUUAGUACACGAUGUAACAACAGAAGAGUCAAGUUUUAAAUAGAAAAAAACAUUGAAACUCUUUGAUUAUUUUUAAGUGCGAUGCUAAUGGUCUAAUCAGAUUCAAUGGAUUAUGCUAAGCUAUGCUAAAAGUGGUACCGCCAGACCCAAAGAUCAGCUGAAUGGAUUCCAAAACAGUCCAAAUCAAAUAUUUAACUCUGGUAGCUGGAAAAUGAGCAUAUUUUUAUAAGUGUCCGUACCUAGUUAAUACCAAAUAGCAUUUUGGCAUCGCUUCUCGUCGAUAUAAUUGAUCUUAUGUCUGGUAAUGAUGCACAUUCAUGGUUACAUUUAUCAUACUUGUGCGCUCACUCACUUUCCUUUGUACCCUGUACUCGGUCUGUAAUGUCAUUCAGUGCCCGCUUCCUGUGCAAUUUCCCCUUUUUUUCUCUCUCUCUUUCUCUCUCUCUCUGCAUGCUUUUCAGGAGAGCACAUGCAUCGUUUGAGUAUUUUCUUAUGAGCAAAGCCUUAGGCCAGACUCAUGCCCUGGACUAAAGUAGCCUAUACUAUCUCAAAAGCUCUCCGUGUUUCCGUGUGUGUGUUAAAGUUAACAAACCUUGUCAAGUUUGGUAAAGCAAACAUGUAAAUAAACUUGUGUCACCCUU